AGCCUUCUUGGCUUAAUCCAAAACUUGGCACGUGGGCAUCUCCAUCGGCCUGGUGGGCAGGCGAGACGAGCGACGAGCCCCGAAAGGCCAUGGAGGGCCUGGCGCAGCUGCGGAGCUCGGUGAAGCCCUGGGACUUGGAGACCUGUGAUGCGCCGGCGGAGCCGUUCCCGUUGAAGGCGGUGCUUAACGCGGUCAAGGAUGUGAAAUCUGAGUCGACCUGCUCCACCGUCUCUAGCCUCUCUGACGUCUCUUACGUCGCUGUGGGGAGAAAUCCCGAGCGCGCGAUGCACGCAGCGAAGGCAAAGGAGCGUCUAGAGAAUUUUCUGAAGCAACACCACUUCCCCGGCGUGAACCUGUCGAGACGCUGCUUCCGGAAGCUUAGCGCUUGCCGUCAGGAGGUUCUUUUCCCGAUCCACCUGGCCGCGGAGCUUGGGGAGACCCAGGUCUUGCGGGAGUUGCUGGCCAGGGGCGCGGAGACGCAGCAGCGCAGCUCCCAGGGACACACUGCCCUGGACAUGGCUCGGCGCGCCAACGUUGGGGACUCGCACAGCACGAUCAUCGACCUCCUACAGAGCGAUGCGAAGAUCAUGAGUCUGCGGGAGUUCGUGCGUCUCAGUGAGAAGCCCGUGACAAAUGAGAAGCCCGUGACAAAUGAGAAGCCCGUGACAAAUGAGAAGCCCAUGACAAAUGAGAAGUCCGUAAGAAAGACGGACAGCAGAAGUCGUCGCUGCGAGAGCUUGUGAGCGUCCGGCAGGCGUUCUGCUUAUGAUCUGCUUGUGCU